AUGGCUGCCGCGUACUGUACGUAUCUUUACUUUUCUCAGAAGACUCAUUGGUUCUUUCAACAAUAAAAUGAGUGUUUUCCAGGCGAGACCCAACCGUUUCAUGGUUUGAACCAAUUCGGAUUCUCGUUCAACGAAUACAAUUGUGAGUUUCAACUCUAUAAUCGGUUUCAUGUCGUUUUUUUUUCCAGAUACUCAUUCAAUGAACGACUCCGUUCCAGUAACUCAACGAUGGAACUCUCUGAGUCCGGAGCCUCAUUCCGGUACCGAAUCGACAGCGAGCACCCCUUUUGUAAAGAGCGAAUUUCCGUUUGAUGAUGAUCUUUUCGGAAUCGAUCAGGUCAGUGUUUUGUGGGUUUAGGGUGUGGCUGCGUUAAUUAUUUUAUGGCUGCUCUAGAAAAAGAAACAGGUUAGGGAAAUUGAAACUUAUUGCUGUUUUGUUCUCCGUAAUCGUUUUGAGUUUUUUGUUUUUCUAAUCAUCGUCAUCAUUAGAUUCUGAUUCAUAUUUUGUUUUGAAGUUCAAAAAAGUUCGAUGAGUACUUGAUGUUUUGAGUUCCUUCUUCUCCUAUAUUUCUCUCUCUCUCUCUCUCUCUCUAUUAUUUCGAAACCUUUGUCAGCUUGUCAUUCUCAUUUUCACUUUCAUUUUCAUCUACAGUACAGCACGUGCGUGCCAUUUACGUCAGAGGUAAUUAUUGAUAAGCUCCGCAGGGCUUCUCGCUGACUUUUUGUGUGACAGUCUCAAAAAUAGGAGGAAGAACACAAUGUACAAAUGUGCGGGUUACAGAUCAACACGCACAAACAACACCCAAACAACAUGGACAUGCAAUGUCAUCCGAUUCCAUCUCUCGAGUACAACCCACGUUUCACCAAGGUAAAAGCGACUCGGAUUCCUGUGUCAGUUAGUUACCGUACCAUGUUUUACAGGACGCCGAAGACAACAGCUACGUGAAAAACGAGAUUGAAGGUACGGUAGAAUAGACGCAUUGUUGAUUGUCGCUGUUCGUCUAGUGUCAAUCAUAAGCUUUGUUUCUCUUUCACUUUCUUCGCCACUUUCGCCUCAUCAAAAAACUUCUCAUUUAGCCUGGGGAAGAUAUCCUCGCUCACUGAAAACACGUUUUGCGGAUGAGGGUAGUUAGGCACAGGUCAACUUUUUCUCGCCUGACGGCACGCCUGGAUUGACCAGUGAAAGUUGUUUGCGCACAAGCGGCUACCAAAUGACUUGGGCGUCUUGUCGAGGGGUCAAAUCGCACCAAUCCUUUCCCUUUUCCCAAAGUGGAAAAAAACGUGGCAAAGGAUUUGAUCUUUCGAUGAAAAGCGAGUGCUAAGACACUGAGGGAGAUAUGGAAAUGUGUCAGGGUUAGAUCGAGUGUGGGUCAUUUGCGGGAGAACGGAGACCGACACGCAUCGGCGCUUGCCGCUGUUUCAAAGUGCGAUUCGUUUCAGAAAACAUUCUCAAUUUCAAUGUGAACGCGGACAUCGCCCAAGACAAUAGUUUGGACACUCAGCAGAUGGACAUCUACAGGGAUCUGAUCCUCCGUCAUUUGAUCCAGGACAUCAGUACCACGUGCGCUAAACUCGGACUUCCCACUGAUUUCUAUGUGUGGACCGCCGAGCAUGGAGCCCGUUGGAUCAACGAGAUGUGCCAGCAGUUCAACCUUCAACCGCCACGUAAUUGCUUUGUCACCGGUCGUGUUUUGUUGAGCAUGAGUCAGAAGGACUUCGAGUCGUUUUUGCCGGAGCGCGGAGACACGUUGCACGCCCAACUGCAAGUGUGGAAGACCGGUACGUCAGUUCACGUGAUCUGCAUAAAUCACGCCCUUCUUUUACAUCAUAUCAUAUUUAUCAGCUUAUACUUGAGCAAACACGUCAAUGAAGUAACUUUUCAGCAUUCGAAUCGUAUCAUCCGCCCGUGACGGUGCAGAGUUCGGGAAUGACCGCUGCUGAUAACGGCAUGCAAUCAAAGACUAACUGGGUAUGUCAUUCUCUCCACAGUCUUCUCGCUUCUUCCCCCGUUUAUUUGCACAAUGCGUUUUUCAUAAAGCCUCUUCGUAUUUUUAGAUGGCCAACACCAACAAUCAAACAAACAACAUGGCAGCUGUUGAGAACCCGAAUCAAUCAUUUUUCAAUGGAAACGGUUGGUGGUUUCAACCGGAAACCGCGUCUGCAUACAGUAUAUUUAUAGGAGGGUAUGCAAACAUGUCAAUGGGAGGCUUCUUCCAACAAGGCACCGUGCUGCCGUCUCCGAGCAACAGCGACACCAGCAGCAAUGGAAGCAGCCAAGACAGUAUGCCAAGGAAAGCUCAGAAAUAGUGUAAAAGCAUAUGUUUAAGUGAACGAUGAUGACAUCGACCUCCACAUGUCAAGCCAAAACUGCGGAAUGUCCAACUUCUUCCAUCAUCCAGGAUACAUGAAUUCGCCAAUGGAUUCGAUGUGCAAUGGAAGCGAAGGAGAUGAGGAUGAUCGGGUGUACACCCGCCACCAGGGAACUGUCCACCUCUGGCAGUUCAUCCGUGAGCUGCUGGAUCAGCCGAAGCAGUAUAGUGCUUGCGUGAGAUGGGUCGAUAGAGACGAGGGAACUUUCAAGAUUGAGUCGUCACUCUUGCUGGCAAGAUAUUGGGGUCAGCGUAAGAAUCGCUCCCAGAUGAACUACGACAAGUUGUCGAGAAGUCUCCGUCAAUACUACAAGAAAGGUACGGUCGAUUUGGGAUAGCUGUGGCAUUUUCAUAUUUGAAAGUUUAGGAAUCAUCCAAAAGCCGGAGAAGAAGCAGCGUCUGGUCUACAAGUUCCUUCCUCCUUACAACUUGUAG